CUUUUUAAAUAUAAAUAUCUCGAACACGAAGCAAAAUGUAGUAAUGAAACUUAGUGUGUUUAAGACCUAAAAUAUAAGUUCAUAUCUUUAAUAUAAAUUUAACACAGUAUUUCCCCCCCUUUGCAUCUUUGCAAACUGUUAGAGCAUAAAAUAUUAGGUUGCGCUCGAACUUAGCAUUUUCUUACUUAAUUAUUUUAGAUACUAGACGCACGUAUUUGACCAGCUGCCUAUUAGACAAAAACUUUGCAAGUCACUUCAAGACUAGUGCAUACAAAAGCCUGUUAUCAAAUAAAUAACAACCCAAAUAUUCAAUAAACAGUAAUAGGUACGAAUGUUUAUUAUUAUACUUGUAUGUGAGAGUUUUUCUGCUCAUUAUUUCAAGAUCAAGAUAAUUUAUAAUUAAAUUAUUGAUAAUAAUAAAAAGGGGUGAAUCAGGAGUAAGUGUCAUUAGAUCUUUGAUGAAUUGAUAAAAACCGGAAACGAGUAUGGAUUUGUUUUCUAAUAAGCAGAGAAAUUUACAGAUUUUCAAUAAAACUAAUAUAAUCUCAUUGUUUACUAAUUUACAUUCUCUUAAUUUUUUGUACAGAAAUUUGCUUUCAUACUCUCGCAACUACCAACUUUUCAUUACUGGACCAUUAUGACGUAGUCUGAAAUAAGUCAGAUACUCUGGCUUCGAUCAUAUUAAAUAUUAGAUCCAAGUGAUGAACAAUCGUUGUACUACAUCGUCGCUACAUAUGUUCUUACAAUAAAACUAAACAACUAAAUUUGCAUACAUAUAUCUUAACUAAAGUGGGCGUGUUGCUGGUCCAGGCAUAUUAGCAACAAGCUACGUUCAAACUCGCAAACGCUAACAUCUACAACAAAGUAUAGGUAUAUUGUUAAAGCAAUAUUACAGUAAGUGAUAAAAAUAAUAUUCCGCAAUAAUAUUCGUAGACCACAAUAGGAAAACUAUAAAAUUAGUACGUGCACAAUCAGGCUUCAUGCCUUUCUCAAAGUGAUCAUUAUAAUAAGCAGUAUUGCUAGUCAAUCUUUCCAUUCAGUCGUGUUUGAGAGCUCGCGGUGUUUGCACGCGUUGGCGAAUAUUUGGGAAAGACUAGUAUCCUCUAGUUUCUCUUAAACAACGUAAAAAUGGUCAGCAGUAGCUAUAAUGUGUCAAUACAAGGUCCUUCAGAUCUUGCUGAGGACUUCAAAAAAUUAGAAGGUUUACCAGGACCAAAAGAUUUUGAGGCAACACAAAAUGAGAGCAGUACUACAGAAAAGAAGUAUCCUUAUUUGGAGCUGUUUCGCUAUGCCACAAUAUGGGAUUGUCUAACAAUGGUCAUCGGUAUACUGGCGGCAUCGAUGGCUUCAAUAUCCGUGCCCUAUAAUGUCAUCCUUUACGCCGAGUUCACCACUCUGCUCAUAGAUCGCAAUAUGGGUAUUGGCAUUUCAACGCCAGCACCGAUCUUGAGUGUUUUCGGCGGUGGCAAGGCGCUCACAAAUGCAACUCAUGCCGAGAAUAUGCAGGCUGUCAAAGAUGAUGCGCUGGCUUUUGGUUUGGGAGCGGUGGUUGGUUGCAUGGUCCAACUAUUGCUAUUAAGUUUGGCGGUCGCUAUCUUGAAUAAAGUGGCGCUCAGACAGAUCGCGAAAAUGCGAAAAUUGUUUUUGGAGUCUAUAUUACGUCAAGAUAUGUCGUGGUAUGACACUUCUGCCGGCAAUACUUUCGCCAACAAGAUGACAGAAGAUUUAGAUAAAAUGAAAGAGGGCAUUGGCGAAAAGGUCGCAAUGUUUGUAUUUCUCAUAAUGACGUUCGUUGCUGGAGUUAUCUUCUCUUUUAUCUAUGGCUGGCUCUUAACACUGAUAGUGCUCAGUUGUUGUCCAUUUAUUAUUGUUUCUACGGCACUGGUGGCUAAAAUUCAGGGCACUUUCACAGAGAAGGAGUUGAAAGCUUACUCGAAUGCCGGUGCGGUCGCUGAAGAAGUCUUCUCCGGCAUACGUACAGUACUUGCCUUUAGCGGUGAACGCAUAGAAACUGAAAGGUUCAGCAAAUUGCUUGUGCCAGCAGAGAAGAUGGGUCGAAAGAAAGGUUUUUACUCCGGUGUCGGCAGCGGCGUUAUGUGGUUCAUUAUUUAUAUUGCUUAUGCGAUAGCAAUAUGGGUUGGCAUUAAACUGAUAUUGAAGUAUCGCUAUAUGGAUGAGAAAUUAUACACAGCUGGUUCGUUAGUUAUCGUACUAUUCAGUAUCAUCAUGGGUGCGCAGAACUUAGGUUUCUCACUGCCACAUGUGGAGGCAUUCGCAACGGCAAAAGCUGCAGCACAAAAUGUUUUUGCCACCAUCGAUCGCAAGUCAGCGAUUGAUCCGUUAAAUGAGAGUGGUGAAAAAUUGGAGAAUAUGAUUGGUAACAUAAGUUUCGAAAAUUUACAUUUCCGUUACCCAGCGCGAUCAGAUGUACAAGUACUUAAGGGAUUCUCAUUACAAGUUCGCGCUGGUCAAACCGUUGCGUUAGUGGGACCGUCUGGUUGUGGUAAGUCCACCACACUACAACUGUUACAGCGCUUCUAUGAUGCGCCCAGUGGUUGUGUACGUCUCGAUGGGCGUGAUCUACGUGAAUUGAAUGUAGGUUGGUUGCGUUCACAGAUAGGUGUUGUCGGUCAGGAACCAGUAUUAUUCGCUGCCACUAUUCGUGAGAAUAUACGUCAGGGUAAACUCUCAGCGACGCAAGAAGAAAUUGAGAAAGCCGCACGUAUGGCCAAUUGUCAUGAAUUUAUUGUCAAACUACCAAGUGGUUAUGAUACGAUGGUGGGUGAACGGGGCGCUCAAAUGUCUGGUGGCCAGAAACAACGUAUAGCCAUUGCACGUGCACUCAUACGAAACCCGAAAAUUUUAUUGCUGGAUGAGGCAACAUCAGCUUUAGAUCCCACAUCCGAGCGUCGGGUACAAGACGCACUCGAUGUGGCCAGUCAAGGACGUACCACGUUGGUUGUAUCACAUCGCCUUUCGACAGUGACAAACGCUGAUUUGAUUGUGUUCGUCAAAGACGGUGCUGUGGCUGAGCAGGGUACACACGAUGAACUUAUGCGCUCGGACGGGCUUUACUGUAAGUUGGUAAUGAUAUCGAAACGUAAGGAAGAGGAAGAGGCUUUAGCGAACACCUCCAAUGCAGUGCGACAGCGUAAGCAACAACAGCAAAUGGUUCAUGACUCCGACGAUGACGACGAAACAAGUUCCGAUGAAGCAGACGCUGAAACUGAUGUGAGCAAACAGAAAUCGAAAAUAAAGACGCCCAAGCUCGAAAAGCAUAAGAUCACUUUUAGUCAGCUGAUGAAAAUGAACGCACCGGAGUGGCGUUACAUACUAAUCGGCUGCAUAGCAGCCAUGUUGCAUGGUGCUACAUAUCCUACAUGGGCUGUGCUCUUCGGCGACUUCUUUGGAAUUUUAUCCGAUCCCGACGACAAUUAUAUCAUAAGGCAAUCGAUUUUGUUUGCCUUUCUGUUCGUCGUUAUUGGCAUUAUAACCGGCAUUAGCUCGCUCUUACAAACCUACAUGUUCAGCAUUGCGGGCGUGAAGAUGACAACGCGAUUGCGUCAUGACGCUUUCAAAGCCAUAAUCAGCCAAGAGGUCGCCUACUUCGAUGACCAACGGAAUUCAGUGGGUGCGCUAUGUGCACGCCUUGCUGGCGAUUGUUCGAACGUGCAGGGUGCAACGGGCUCGCGCAUCGGCAUCAUUGUGCAAGCAAUCUCUACACUUACCAUCGGCGUAAUUCUAUCGUUUACAUACUCCUGGAAUUUGACACUGGUCACUUUGCUAACUGUGCCACUCGUGUGUGCGUGCAUACUUUUCGAGUCACGAUUUAUGGAAGCGAGUACGAAUGUAGAGCGACUAGCAAUUGAAGAUGCGUCGCGUGUUGCGGUGGAGGCAAUAGCUAACAUACGCACUGUAACCAGUCUAGGGCAGGAACGUCACGUGCUUGAGCGCUAUUGCGAACAAAUAGACAAAGCCGAUAAGGCGUGUCGCAAGAAGGUGCGUUUCCGCGGUGUGGUGUACGCUAUGGGACAAACGGCACCGUUCUUGGCCUAUGGCAUUUCUUUGUACUACGGUGGUAUUCUAGUAGCCAAUGAUGGAAUACCCUAUCAGGAUAUUAUAAAAGUCUCUGAGGGUCUUAUUUUCGGCUCAUGGAUGUUAGGUCAGGCGCUGUCAUACGCGCCCAAUGUUAGCGCUGCCGUGUUAUCGGCAGGACGCUUGCUAAAACUGUUUCAACGUACACCCGCCAUGUACAGUCCCGCAGAUAAGCCAUACAACACAACUAUGAAAUCUGGAGGCGACAUUACUUACGAAAACGUCGAUUUCAAUUACCCCAAUCGCAAAGGCAUAACUAUACUGCAGAACCUUAAUUUGACCAUCAAAGGCGGCACUACAGUGGCCUUGGUUGGGCCUUCAGGCUCCGGCAAAUCCACAUGUGUACAGCUGCUGUUACGCUAUUAUGAUCCUGUACUAGGUAAAGUCAAUCUGAGUGGCGUACCAACAACAGAAUUCUCAUUCGAUAGCUUACGUUCCGGCAUGGGUCUAGUUUCGCAAGAACCCGUUCUAUUGGACCGAACUAUUGCUGAAAAUAUCGCCUACGGCAAUAAUUUUCGCACAGAUAUUCCCAUGGCUGAAAUUAUUGAAGCGGCCAAGAAAUCGAACAUACAUCAGUUUAUCACCUCCUUACCGCAAGGCUACAACACACGUUUGGGCAGCAAAGGCGCUCAACUGUCUGGAGGUCAGAAGCAACGUAUUGCCAUAGCACGAGCUAUGGUACGUAAUCCAAAGAUAUUGAUACUGGAUGAGGCUACGUCUGCAUUGGAUAUGGAGAGUGAGAAGGUGGUGCAAGAAGCGCUGGACGCGGCACGCAGUGGUCGUACAUGCCUUACAAUUGCGCAUCGACUGACCACAGUGAGGGAUGCGGACCUAAUCUGUGUGCUGAAGAAAGGUGUGGUGGUGGAGAAAGGCAAUCAUGAAGAAUUAAUGGCAUUGAAUGGCAUAUACGCAGAGCUGUAUAUGAUGCAGCAAGUGGCUUAACCAAUGAUUUCCCUUAGAAUUGUUAAUGCUGUUGUUGGCAAUAACCUGAUAUGUACAUAAAGUCAAUUCGAUAUUAAUUUAGCAUUAACAUUAUUGUUAUGUUAUGAGUAAAGUAGAUAAAUACAUAUAAUUUUAACUAAA